AUGUCGGAAAGCGUAUUAGCUAUCCCUGUAUCUGUGACAUUUGAGUCAUUCUGGUUUCUCGUCAAGUUCAAACACUUGAAUCUUCAGCUGCUGUUGCUGUGGUUUGUCAAUUACAGCGGAGCCACCGAUGAACCUGUGUCAGGAAUACUGAGAGGCAACGCCACCCUCCUAUGUGAAUCUGAUGCCACAGACAUUUUCAGUAUUGAUCUAAGCAGGUUAAAAAGCAUCCUCUCUUGGCAGAAUGAAACAAGUGACGCUGAGAGUGAGAGUCAAAAUGGCCGAGUGUUUAAAGAAGGAGCAUGUGGCGUCUUCAUCAAAGGUCUGAGACUGAGUGAUGCUGGCAAAUACAUUCUGAGGGUCUAUUACCAUGAUGAUAAGAUUUCUGUGAAGAAAGGUGAGCCGCUGAAGUUGGACGUUCUGUUGCCCAACGCUGAUAAAGUGGAGCAUCGGGGCAAAAGAACCACAGGGGGAAAGGUGGUCUGGAGCAGAAGCCACGGGGUCAGGAGCGAUCGAAUGAUCAUCAGAGAUAGAAACCUGACCAUUAAUAAUUUCACAGCCACUGACGCUGGAACGUAUGAGGUUCUGGACUCUGAAGGACAAAUCUUGAUCAUGGUGACAGUGGACAUCCAGAAAUACUUUGAUACAGAAUCAGAAAUGAGCUCCACACAACAACAUACUUCUCCACUUCUAGGGAUGUUCCUAGUUGGACUGGUUUUGCUUUUGGUGGUUCUGGUUGCUGUAAGAGAAAAAAGAUGCACAGAUGUUCCAGAGGUUCACUGCACUGUUACUAAGGGGUGUGCAAGAUCGGUUUUGGUGACCCUUAAAAUUCUACAAAAAGAAGCUAAAUAAUAAUAUUAGUAAGAAUAAUACAUUGUUUUUCCCCAUGUCAUAUUGUAUUAUAGCAAAUAAGCCACCAACAUUUUAGAAAGCAGUUCAAAUUUAGCAUUCUUGAUUCUCAAUUUCGAUACCACAGCAAAAACGUAAAAGCCUAAGUAAGUUCAUAUAUUUUAAAAGACAGGUAAAAUGAGAUAAAAUGAGAGCAAAUAAACAAAUUACAAGCAAUUAAUAGCACAAAUAAAUACAAUAGAACAAAGAAGAAAAACUGAAUAAAGAUUUACCGGCAGGUCAAACGGUAGAAAUUGCAUAUAACACUGUGUAAUCUUCGCUGUAAAAAAACAACUUCAUCCCUAUUAAAGCUACACAAGUUAUUCAGUCAAAAGCAGUGAGUGAUUUUAUCCUUGUCUUUUAUCAUUUGAUUAACAUUUAAGUAUGUUUUUCAGUAUCGUGAUAUCCGAGUGACAUGGCUUCUGCUACCCAAGUAGCAAGGAAGUAGCAAAGUGCAGUUGUGGCCCAAUACACGCCUGGUUCAUCGGCCCAGAUCUGGUCCACCCUCCGCUGUUAGAUUUUCUGAAAAUGAAUGUGGCCCGGAUUUGGCCCAAAGAUUAUUAAAUGAAGGGCUGUGGCCCACUCUGUGUACAUUAAAGGAGAAACUGAACUGUGAAAAAGAUCCGUUAAUUCACUCAACUUGACUCCGUCAAAUCAACUAAAGAGUCUUCUUGAUGCAUUCACUGAGUUAAAGGUCCAGUGUGUCAUUUUUUGGAGGAUCUAUUGACAGAAAUUCAAUAUAAUCUACAUAACUAUGUCUUCAGAGGUGUGUAAAGAGCUUACACAAUGAAGCGUUAUGUUUUUAUUAUCUUAGAAUGAGCUAUUUCUAUCUACAUACACUGCGGGCAGUGUUGGGUGUGACUAGUUACUAAGUAAUUAGUUACUGUAAUUUAAUUACUUUUCCCUUGAAAAGGUAAAGUAAGGGAUUACUUUUAUUUAUUUUGUAAUACUUUGGUCAGUAAAUAAGAGUACUUUAUGUAGUUUUAUAUUAUUUAUUUGAAUGAAUUAAAAGAGCCCUUUCAUGUCUAUCCUUGAAUCACUGAACUCAUCAAGGUUGAUGUAGGAUAUAGAAAGUAAUUAGUAAUAAGUAACUCAUUUGUACAGUAAUCUAAUUACACUAUUGAAUAUGUAAUUAGUAACUAGUAAUUCAUUACUUUUUCAGAGUAACUUACCCAACACUGACCGAGGGUCCCCUUGAAUAUAAUUCGCCAUGUUCUGUCAACUGUCGUAGUGUUUUGAAGGGGGGGAGGUGGAGUGAGUGGUUGGUUGCAAUUCGCAACCUUGACACUAGAUUUCACUGCCUGGACCUUUAAGUUACAGAGUAAAUACACUGCUCAGUGUCUGUGCCAUGGGUGCACACUACAGAGUGCAUAAAGUGUUGAAGUGAUGGUUGAAUCGUGAACACCUGCUGUUAACAAACACUUCUCCAUGAAUAGUUUUAAGCUGUUUUUUUUCAUAUUUUUUUAUGGAAUUAUUCUGGCAAACACAGCUGGCAGGUUUUUUUUCUGUAAAAACUAUAACAAAUUGUACUCCUUGACAUGACGGACUUUUAACUGUUCUUUAGGGUGGGAUGGGAACACGGAUACAAAGAAUAUUAGUGUAGAUCAUAUUGACUCAAACACUUUCACUUUCUAAAUAUCUGUGCCAAUUUGACAUUGUCCUGUUAGCAACAUAAGUGCAUAACAUUUCCAAAUAGUGUCACGAUCCGCCUUCCUUGUUCAGGUUUUCUAUUCUUGUGUCAGGAUCGUGGCAGUACCCACUUAUUUAGUGUGGAGAGAGUCACGGCAUUGUUUGUUUUUGUCUUGCCAUGUGCUCUCUCCGGUCUCUUAUUUGUCCCCGCCCUCUCGUUUCCUCAUUAUUGAUGAUGUAAUGUUUUUAUGCCCUACACCUGUUCUCCACCUGAUUUGUCCCCUGUUUAAUCUCCUCGUGUUUUCUGUCUUGUGCCGGUUUGUUUUGUUUCAGUCUGAAUGACAUUCUGUGGAUUAUAUCCCUCAAAGUCGAGUAUAAUCAAGCCGGGUCUUUUCAAGUCAAUGUCAAGUGUUAUUUAUAGUCAAGUCUAGUCAGUUUAUUGUUUCUUGUCAAGUCUGUUAUCAUUAUAUCCUGUUCAUUGUCG